AUGUCAAAUAAUACGUACAGGGUCGAAUAUGCAGGGUCGGGAAGAUCGAGUUGUAAGCAUUCAAAAUGCAAAAAACAAAUAGAAAAAACAUCAUUAAGAAUUGGUAAAUUAUAUCCAUCGGAUAGAUUCGAAACAGAUGGUCAAGCUAUAGAUUGGUUCCAUCCUAAUUGUUUCUUUGAAAAACAAAAAAAUGCAAGAAAAACAACCAAAAAAGUAGAUGAAAUUGAUGAUUUAGAAGGUUUCGAUGAUAUUAAAAAGAGUGAUCAAAAAUUAAUUGAGGAACUGAUAAAUGACCACAGAGAUUCAAUAUUAAGUAAACCAAAAUCAAAAUCCAAGUCUAAACCCAAAGCAAAAGAAUCAAAACCAACAAAAUCAGCAGCAUCAUCGUGGUUUGUUGAUGAUAGUGGUAAUAUUGCAAAUAGUGAUGAUGAGGAUAGCCAUAAAAAUAAAUCGACCAGUAAACACAACCACAGUAAGAAACAAGCAGCAUUUGAACCAAAUGAACAGGAUGAUGACGAUAUUUUUGAUGAUGUUGAUGCAUCAAAAAGUUUAACAAGUACUGUCCAAUCAACAAAAACUUCAGCUUCAACAUCCAAAUCAAAUAAGAAACCAUUUUUAUUAUCAUCAGUUUUAUCAAAGAAAUGGUUUGAUAGUUUAGAUACAGUGUUGACACAAAAUAAACCAUUGUUUGAAGAAAUUGUUGGAGAAAAAAGAAACAGUAGUUAUUUACCUAUUUCAAGUCAAAUAUUUUCAAGUUUAAAUUUUGUAGGGUCACCAAAGGAUUGUAAAGUUGUUUUCUUUGGUCUUUCACCAAAUAAUAAAAAAGAAACAUCAUGUGGUUUUUCAUUUUGUGAUGCAUCUGCCGAUAAAUGGAAAUUAUAUAAUAUUAAAGCAUCAACAAAGAAUUUGAUAAGGGCAGCAUUAAUCGAUCGUGGUUUUAUUACUAAGGAUGAUACAUUGGAUUCGAUUCAAGAGGCAUUAAAAGAAGUGGACUUACCUUCAGAUAAUCCAAGAGAUUGGUUUAAAUCUACCGCUAAGCAGGGUGUGCUUUGGUUAAAUUCAUCAUUAACAAGUGUAGAGGACGAAGAUAAAGUACCAGUUAAAGUUGAAAACUAUUGGAAACCAGUUGUAAACGAAAUUAUUAGAGCUAUUUUCAAUAAUAAAUUGGAAGAAGAAAACCCAUCUCCAACUGUUGUAGUUUUAUUGGGCAAACAAUUAUCACAAUUAAAAAAUGAAAUCGAAUUAAUUCAUUCCGAAUUUAUGGGUGCUGUACCGGUAGAAUAUGUAGAGGGAGUUAGUCCAUUUUUAGAAACAUUUUUAAAUGAAAAUUAUUUUAAAAAGAUCAAUAGCUAUUUAGAAACCCAUGGCUCGAAACCAAUUGAUUGGUGGAAACCAAAAGAAGAUGAUGAGGAAGAGGAAGAACAAGAAGAGCAACAAGAAGAACAACACGAAGAACAACACGAAGAGGAGCAACAAGAAGAGAAAGGUAUGAUUCCAGAAAAAAAAAUUGGAAAUAAGAAAUCAAAUAUUUUUGAUCAAGAUGAUUUUGAAGAGGGUCCAAAAGAUAUUGAUAUGGAGGAGAAGCCAAUUAAAUCGAAAUCGAAAUCAAGCUCUCAACCAUCCAAUGACUUUUUAUCAGACACUGCAGAGGAUAUUAAACCAGAGUCAAAACCAAUUUGUAAUUUAAUUCAAGAGAAUGGAGAUAAAAUUCAAUUAAAGCUUGAUGAACCCUUCACUUUAGGUAGAAAUAUUUUAGAAAUUAAAGAUAAGUUGGUUAGUAGGAACCAAGCAGUUAUAAAAUUUGUAAAAUCAUUUAGCGAUACAUAUUGUGUAGAGCUAACUCCAAAAGGUCAAAAUCCAAUUCAUAUUGAUAAAAAUGGAUCUUUAGAACCAUUGGCCAUUGAUACACCAAUUUAUUUAAAUGAUGGUCAACAAUUUUUAUUAUGUUCACAAAAAUAUCCAUUCACUGUACAAUUAAUAAAACCCUCAUCAACCCCAAAAAAACAAACACCAACUAAACAAGCACCAACUAAACAAACACCAACUAAACAAACACCAUCGAAACAAGUCACAAAAAGAAAGUAUGAUGAUUUUGAAGAGGAACCCCAACAUAAUACCAAAUCAACAUCGUCAACCAAAAAAGUAGCAACAGAAAGUAAACCAAAACCAAAAUCAAAACCCAAAAAAAAAGAUGACUUUAUUGAUUUUGAAGAAGAGGAUGAUUCUGGUGAUGAUUAUAUUCCAUCUGGUUCGGACGACGACAGCGAAUUUGUAGGUCUCAAACCAUUUGUUAAAUCUAGAAGUCAAGAUAAACCUGCUUGUAAAUACUGGGAUACCUGUUAUAGAAACAACCCACAACAUUUUAAAGAUUUUAGACAUCCAUAA